AUGGGGAAAACCCCUCGCCUGCUGUUGGGGCGUUAUGAGCUCGGUAGGUUGCUCGGCAAGGGCACCUUCGCCAAGGUGUACCACACGCGCAAUGUGGGCACUAGGGAGGAGGUGGCCAUCAAGAUCAUGGACAAGGAUCACCUAUCCAAGUUAGGCGCCGUGUAG